ACGCUUGACGUAACCAAGGCGAAAUGUGUUUAGACUUGGCCGAACGUGCAAGCUAGGGAAUGCCUUUACACUCUCCCUUCGUAUAAUUAUCACCAAAGCCGGCAAAUAUCUGUAAAGGAGCACAUAGACCUCCAAUAUACCACCGGGACAGAGUGUUAGAAUGAGGCUCUCAUGAUGUGACGGGGUACGACAGGACAAUGAUCAGCACUGAAUAUUUGACGAGUUUGCAAACUCAGCUGUACAGAGAGAAGCAAGGGCAUGAUAAGUUGUCCCGAACUUUCCAGUCAACGCUGAACGUGACUCCAGGCCAGGAUCAGCGAAUAACUACCUACCCAGACCGGUACUGGAAGUUCCUAGAGCGCUCGGCUGUGUACCACAAGGUGCCGUGGGGGCGUGCCAGGAGUUACGCAGGAGAUGCGGCUGUCCAGUUGCCAACCGAGCACCGCCCGAAAUGGGAGCCUCCUACAAUGCUCCAGAAGACCCACAAGCAUUAUGGGACCGGGGCCAAUCCUUACCCGAGGGGUGUUCCAAUCGCACAAUACUAUGAUCUGACACAGCUUAAGAAGAGCAACUUAAGAUGGAACGAUGAACUGAUAUCAAGACCAACUACAGCUCAAGUUCAGCAAAGCAACAUCGUCCUCCCCUUCCCCAAGGAAUCCCCACAUACCUCCCACAUGUCCCGUCAGGCCAUGUUCCCUCGCCCGCAACCUUACCAUGGCUACGAGGUCAGCGGUACAACGGUUUUACCCACCCCUCCCCCGUCACGAAUAAUGAACAAGGCAAUGGGAAGCUUUGGUCGGAGAGAAGUCGUUUGUUAUCGAAGUCCCGAACGCUUACCGGGAAGUGAUCGCUUUGAAGCGGACAUAAAGCCUGUUAACAUUGAGAACCAGUUUUUCAAUAAGCACGAUGUGAUCAGUGAGUUCAACAAACUGCACCCAAGCCACACGCCCACCAUAAGGCUACCGAUACAACGGCUCCGCAAGGCAGACUGGCAUCACUGAGCCCCCCCACCCCCAAUACACAAACAACCCUCCACCUCACCCCCACCGUACGGCUACCGAUACAACGAGAACACAAGGCAGACUGGCACCACUAAGCCCCCCACCCCCCCUAAUACACAAUCACCCCUCACCCCCACCGUACGGCUACCGAUACAACGGCAACACAAGGCAGACUGGCAUCACUAAGCCCCCCACCCCCCUAUACACAAUCCCCCCCUCACCCCCACCGUACGGCUACCGAUACAACACAAGGCAGACUGGCACCACUAAGCCCCCCACCCCCCCCCCCCCCUAUACACAAACCAAUCAGACUGUCCUGCUUUAGCGAACCACUGAAGCUGAUUUUUUUAUGCUUGUUGAUACAUUUUUUAAAUAAAACGAGAAGUAUCUUCAAGAUAGUGAAUUGCUCGGAGAUUGGAGUGUGAGAUCACGGGCUCUAGGAUAAUUUUACUCCAAAGUAUUGUGUGGUGCCUUGUUAAUGUUUAAUAAACUACGCAUUUCUUUCCUCUA